AUGAACGCGAUUGACGCCGAUGAUGGGCGCGCAGAAGCGGAGCACAAAGCGCAGCCGGAGAGUGCCGACAAUGAGAACGCGACGCCAGAGGAAGCGGACAACGAUGAUACAUAUUACUUGGAGGCCUACGAGGCACAUCAAGGAGAUACAUUAGAUAACGACUACUCUACGGAUGGAGGGGAAGUCGUUUUCAUGAACGAACUUCUUUGCCGUUCGCAUACGCGCCGAAUCCCCGAAAAGGAAGGCACCCAGAACCGCCAAGCGAAGCGCGGGAUGCUAUACGCUCAGCGCUACAUCGGGACAGCGAUCUAA